AUGGAAAGAAACAUUAGAAGAAAUGAAAAAAAUGGAUAUUCUUCUGAUGAACUUCUUACACAAGUUGAUACACAAAUGAAUAUUAAUAAAAAUUUAGCAAAAGAUUCUAAAGAUAAUAUUAGUAAACUUAAAAAAAAUAUACGUAAUUUUAGUCUUCUUAUUAUUGUUAAUGAAGAUAAAAAAGUUUGGAUCAGUCAAC